GGAUGUAGGGAGAGAUUAAAUGAGAGAGUGGCAGGGGGCAGAGAGAAAAGAGAGAGAGAGAUACACACACACUGAGAAAGACUGAGAGAAGCAGUUAAUUCCCCAUCGGGAGUGAUGGCCUGCAUGCCUGGUUAGCAUAUUUCUGUGGCUGUCUGUAAUAAACACUUACCAUGGAUGGGAGAAAUGAGAAGUUGUUUUCCAGAAAAAGAAGUUUCACUUUCGGGGCUUACGGAGGGCUUGACAAGUUCAUAACUGGAACCGAGAGCAGCUGUGAUGAGGCUGUGGGUCACAACAUUUUGGAUGUUUUGGAUUCUCCCACUAGUGAGGCUAAGCCACUUACGUCUGUGCCGUCCAGUCAGAAAGUCACAGAGUUGUUUGCAAUCAUUGAAAAGCUGCAGGGUAGCAGAUUAGAUGAACAGCGCUGUGAGUUCCCACCACCUCUAAAGACACGACUGCUAAAGAUUGGAGAUGGCUUACCUCUCAUCCUGCCUCCUAAAUCUGGAGGUUAUUGGAUCGACCCUCCUCUGGAUAAACAAGUGGAGACCAGUCCAACUCUUUCUCAGGGGGGGUUCGGCCUGGAGAGCUACGACAUCAUGGAGAGAGACAGUGAAGCUAAAGUCUAUCAGGAGUUUUUCCGCCACAGAUAUCAUCAUUCAUUCACCGCCUGUGACCCUGCUCUUGGGCCUCUAGUUUUGUCUGUUUGUCUUGAGGAAGAGGAAAAUCGUUUAAGGGUCAUUCUGAGGAUGAAGGAGUGCUCAAUUCAUGGCACAUUCUCAGUUUCUCUCUUUCAACAAUUCCCCACAGCAGUGGAGUUGGCAAAGAUGCUGUGCUCGAAUGUCAAUGUGAUGUGUUUUGAGGCUGUGAGUUACUUAAAGGCCCCAGAGAUCAUAAUGGCGUUUGAUGAACACAGGGUGUCUCAAAACUUUAAAUUUGGUGUCUUAUACCAGAAAGAAGGACAGUUAACAGAGGAAGACAUGCUCAGUAACAAUGAGGAAAGUGAGGAGUUUUUAGAGUUUUUAUCAAUACUUGGACAGACGGUCAAUCUGCAAGGAUUUACUGGUUUCAGAGGAGGUCUGGAUGUGUCUCGUGGUCAAACGGGGAAUGAAGCCGUUUUUACCUCCUUCCAUGGACGAGAGAUCAUGUUCCAUGUUGCCACUAAACUGCCGUUCACUGAGGGAGAUACACAACAGCUGCAGAGAAAAAGGCACAUUGGGAAUGAUAUUGUUGCUCUGGUGUACCAGGAGGGUCACACUCCAUUCAUUUCAGAUGUGAUCAGAUCCCAUUUCUUGCAUUGUUUCAUUGCAGUUCGGAGGAUAAAGAGAGAAAAUGAGGGAGAGGGAGGAGAUGGAGGAUCCUUUCAAGUGUCUGUCACUGCUAGGGAGGAUGUGCCCCCAUUUGGCCCACCCCUUCCCACACCACCCAUUUUUACAGAGGGCUCUGUUUUGAGAGAGUUCCUCUUGACCAAACUUAUAAAUGCUGAAAUCUCUUGUUACAAGGCUGAAAAAUUCAGUCGACUGGAGUUACGUACACGUUCGUCUCUCUUGGAAGCACUGCGAUGUGAACUGUCCUCCCGCUCCCAGUGCAUGCUGGGAGAACCAUCGCAGUCCAGCAUCCCUCUCACUGAAGGGGGGAGAAGUGCCCCAGAGGGCGGUGGAGGAUUCAUUGAGAACUUCAAGAGAGCUAUUAGGGUGAGAAGCCACUCAUUUGACACUUUGGGAGUACCAAAAAAGGCAGCUGCUGUAGCAGGACAGCGAACUAAGGAUGGUGAAAGUGAUCAGACAAGCAACACUGAGACAAGAGGACAAAUCAGUCCCCAGGACGAUCUGUAGAAGAUGGAUGACAUUUCUUAAGCCGGAGCACAUAAAAAAAGCCUACUGCACACUCCAAGAUUAUCACCACUUAUCAUCAGCACAAUGAAGAUAGAUUACAACUAAUGUAUUAAGUUCCUAGCCGAAAGUGCAAUCUAAAAAAUUAAGAUUUAAAUAAAAAAUAUUUUAUCUUAAUAUAUUCUUUGAAGUGAGUUUAGAUUUAAUGGCUGCUUCAGCCAAUGUACCCAAACAAAUUUGGGUUUUACCUCUAGAUGUUUGCAGUUUUUCUGUAUUUAAGUCUGUAAUUAAAUGCAUUUCAUUUUGACCAGCAAAUGAUGACAGUCAAAUAUGACUACAAAAAUAAAUGAAUUAAAAAAUGUUUAACCCACUAGGGAUACUAGGUAUCAGUUUCUUGAGUUUUGGCUGUCAUGUUGUGUUUUAUUGCACAUUAGGUUGAACUCGAGUUACUCAAGUGGGUUGUCAACAUACACUCGAGUUGGUUUGAAACCUUUGAGCAUUUGUGCAACUGUUAAAUUACAUAAUUUGUUUAAGGUAAAUCGAUUGUAAAAUGCCAUUAUUGGUAGUUACUUGAAGUAGAUCAGUUUGAAAGCAGCAGGACAAAUAAAUUGGGAAUGAACCAUUUUUAUUGAAAACUUGAGGGAGAAGAGAGAGCAAGCACUGCUGAGUCCCU